AGUGCAAACGAAACCAAAUUGGAAUUGUAUUAACAACCAAAAAAAUUAAAAUAAAAAAAAUUAAAGUAAAUAAAUAAAACUAAUAUUAAAUAGUUACUAGAGUAGUAAAACCAUGAAAAUACCAAGUGUAACAAAUACCAACGGCACAAUGACCGUGAGCACACCCACCGCAAACGAUAAGGAUGUGGCGGCCGCACCAGCGAAGAAGGAUUCGACCUUUGGCAUACGUCAUUUGCAAUGCUUCUUGCUCUUCUGCGGCUUGUCUGUGGCCUAUGCGCUGCGUGUGAACUUAUCGGUGGCGAUUGUUGCCAUGACGGACAGCAAUUCAACAAAUCCUGACUUUACCGAAUACAAUUGGACGGAAAAAACGAAAUCCCUGCUCCUGAGCAGCUUUUUCUGGGGUUACGUUGUAACGCAAGUGCCAGCCGGCAGCUUGGCACGAAAGUUUGGUGGCAAGGUAAUGUUGCUCUACGGAAUUCUUAUUUGCUCAUUGGGUGCUGUACUGACACCGUUAGCUGCUGACAUUGGCGACUGGAAACUGGUAUGUGCUCUGCGAGUUAUACAGGGAUUGAGUCAAGGUGUAGUGUUUCCUUCCACACAUACCAUACUUUCAAAAUGGGCGCCGGUGGACGAACGUGGUACCUUAGGUACUUAUUGUUACGCUGGUUCGCAAUUCGGCACAGUUAUUAUGUUGGCAUCAAGUGGUCUACUCGCUUCAUCAUCACUUGGCUGGCCUAGCAUAUUUUAUAUAUCUGGCUCCGUUGGUUUGGUGUGGGUUGCCGCUUGGAUUUUGUGGGGCGCAAGCUCACCAAAUGAUUUUAAAUCAAUUUCGAAUGAAGAGAAGAAGUUGAUUGAAACCUCACUAGGACAAAAUGUUGAGAAUGAUGAUAACAAGAAAACCGUUAAAACACCAUGGGGCAAAUUCUUCACUUCAAUGCCUUUCUUAGUGCUUAUAUUAGUGCAUAGUACACACAAUUGGGGCUUCUGGACUUUGUUAACGGAAAUACCAUCGUACAUGAAAAAUGUAUUGGGCAUGGAUAUUAAGAGUAAUGCUUUGUUAUCAGCUUUACCUUAUCUGGUUAUGUGUUUGCUUAGCUUCGCGUUUUCCGCAAUUUCUUCUCUGCUAAGCAAACGUCAAUGCAUACCACUUGGGGCUAGUCGAAAAUUAUUCAAUUCUAUUGGACACUGGAUUCCUAUGAUUUCUUUGAUUGGUUUGGCUUAUGUUGCUGCUAACCAAACAAAUUUGGCUAUAGUGCUUUUAACGAUAACUGUUGGUAUUAAUGCCGCCACAUACCUCGGCUUCCAAGUGAAUCACAUUGAUUUAUCGCCAAAUUUCGCAGGCAUAUUGAUGGGCAUCACCAAUUGUGCAGCCAAUAUCAUGAGUAUCAUUGCUCCAUUAAUAGUCGGUUUCAUUGUGACAAACGAGAAAAAUCCUGAUCAAUGGCGUAUUAUAUUUUUCAUUGCUGCAUUUUUCUAUUUCUUCGGCAAUCUUCUGUUCAUCAUAUUCGGUAAGACAAAUGUGCAGCCAUGGAACGAUCCUGAAACAAUGCAUCUUUCGAGAAAACGUAACUCAACACAAUUGGAAUCACAACAUUAGAACAUCCUUACCUUGUUCAAGCUUCUGAACCGUUCGAGAUCAGAGCUCCAGUUGUAAACUUAGAAUCGAACGUGCCUGCUAUUUAUAUUAAAUUUCACGAUCUGAAUCGCAUUUCAUUGUUGCUGUCUGAGUAUGUGCAUCAAUUGUUGAAGUUAGAAUGUUUUCAUAUUAUAGUAAAAAUAUUUUUAAUUAUUAUUAGUUAUGUAAGUGUUUAUCUUAUUUAUAAGAUUAAAAUAAAAUAAAAACGAUUUUAUUAACAUAUAACAUUAAGAACCUCUUAUGGAAUUUAUUACCGAAUUUAUUAAAGUGUUCUUUUCAUGA